CCGGGCCGCAGUGCGCACGCUCGGGCCCGGGGCGCAGACCUCUCGUGGCCGCGCUGGGAUCCGGUCCUGUGUCCGCGCUGUCGCGGAUGCUACGGUCCGGAGUCAUGGCUCUCUCCGUCCGAGUCGUUUACUGUGGUGCUUGAGGCUACAAGUCCAAGUAUCUUCAGCUGAAGAAGAAGUUAGAAGAUGAGUUCCCUGGGCGCCUGGACAUCUGCGGCGAGGGGACUCCCCAAGUCACCGGGUUCUUUGAAGUGUUGGUAGCAGGGAAUUUGGUUCACUCCAAGAAGGGAGGUGAUGGCUAUGUGGACACGGAGAGCAAGUUUCUGAAGCUGGUGGCCGCCAUCAAAGCCGCUUUGGCUCAGGGCUGAUGUGUCCUGAAGGCAGAGUCCAGCGACUUUGGCCCAGCCCCUCUCGGCAGACGCUUCAUGACAGGAAGGACUGAAAUGUCUCAUGGACGCCUGGUCCUUCCCUGAUGUUCCCACGGCUGCCGGGUGGGGCAUGUGGACACCCCUGGUCUUUGCCUGUGUGUGUGUGUGUGUCUGUGUCCCAGGAGUCUGACUUUGCACACUGGCCCUACUCCUUCCUUCCUCCCUCUUCCUCCCCCCGCCCCCCAUUUCCCCUCAUUCCCCAUGUCUCCCUUCUACCCUCUGGUGUUUGGGCUGGUCCUGCCCCAGGCUUCCUUCUUCCAGGAGCCAGGUGGGGAUCAGGGUGAAUGAGUGUCAGAUUUUGGCAGUGUUUGCAACGGUUCACAGUUCUCUCAAUAAACGCUGAUGAGGAGAACAAAA